GACAUCAAGAGAACAGUUCAUCAAAGGAACUUUUUGGUCUCAUAAACAGGAUUCCUCUGCUUGCCAGUGUGAAAAUGGUCAAUUAUACAGUGAACGUAUACACUGGCGAUCUCGCCUAUGCCGGCACUUUUAACAGUAUCUAUAUUAAGCUGGUGGGCACAGAUGGGGAGAGUGCAUGCACCUGGCUCAUGAGCUGCAAAGGGCCUUUUUCCUUCAUCAGAGGAGCAGUGGCCAGUUGUUCUGUGUCCUGCCCCGUCUCCAUUGGAAAGCUGGUCCUGAUUGAGAUAGAGCAACAUCCUCUCAUGUUCUUUACAGACUCUUGGUUCCCUGCCAAGGUGGAAGUGAAAUCCCCUGAGGGUGACACCUACAACUUUCCCAUCUACCGCUGGAUCACUGAAAAUGAGGUGCACCGCUUCAGAGAGGGAACAGCUCUGAGAAUCUUUGAAGACGACCAUCCUCUUGGCAAGUACAGUCGGGAUCAGGAGCUGGCGGAGCGAGAGGAAGACUAUCGUUGGGAUGUGUAUCUAGAGGGAAUACCCCACUGCAUGAGGUCAGAGGGCCCUCUUGAUCUGCCUGAUGAGGUCCAGUUCUCCUACAUCAAGUCAACAGAGUUUUUUUCCUCAGCAUCCACUGGGAUGUCUGAGCUGCAACUGACCGGACUAUCUGACGCCCCGGAGAACUGGCCUGAUAUGGAUACUAUCCAUCGGGUGUCCUGCUCCAAACUAACUGACAUAUCAGAAUAUGUCCAGAAACAUUGGAAGGAGGACGCUUUCUUUGGCUACCAGUUUCUAAACGGUCUGAACCCCAUGUUGAUCCAACGUUGUUGUUCAGUCCUGCCCAAGAACUUUCCUGUCAGUGAUGACAUGGUCUCCUUCGGUUGUCAUCGCAGCUUGGCAGAUGAAAUGAAGAAAGGAAACAUAUUCCUGUGUGACUACAAGCGUUUGGAUGGGCUGAAAACAAACACCAUCAACGGGAACAAGCAGUACUUGAUGGCUCCCCUCGUCCUGCUUCACAAAACACCUGAUGAUCAGCUGAUGCCAAUUGCUAUUCAGCUGAAGCAGACUCCAGCAGAUGAUAAUCCCAUUUUCUGUCCUACUGACUCUGAGUACGACUGGUUGACGGCCAAGAUUUUUGUGAGAAGUGCAGAUUUCAACGAGCAUCAAAUCAGCGUUCACCUGCUGCGCACUCAUUUGCUGGCUGAAGUUUUUGCAGUGUCACUGCUGCGCAACAUGCCCAUGGUGCAUCCGCUGUACAAGCUCCUUGUACCUCACACUCGCUACACUCUACACAUCAACAACUUAGCUCGAAGUUCUCUAAUAUCUAAGACUGGAUCUUUCACUAAGUUUGCAGCUUCAGGUGGAAAGGGUGUGAAGACACUCCUGAAGAGAUCACUGUCCUCAGUGACCUACCGCUCCCUCUGCAUACCAGACGACAUUGCUGACCGUGGGCUGGAGGAUGUACCGAACUUCUACUACAGGGAUGAUGGACUCAAGCUUUGGGAUAUCAUCCACAGGUUUGUGCAGGGAGUGCUGAGCUUCUACUACAAGAAUAACACUGAGGUCCAGAAAGACUGUGAACUACAAAAGUGGAUUUCAGACAUUUUUGAACAUGGAUUCCUUUCCCAAGCCUGCACAGGAAUUCCAGAGAGCUUCACCACCGUGGCUGAGUUGGUCAAGUUUGUCACCAUGGUGAUCUUCACCUGCUCAGGACAGCACGCGGCUGUGAAUGCUGGACAGUUUGACUACGGUGGCUGGAUGCCCAACACUCCCUUCACCCUACAAUGUCCUCCACCAACCACAAAGGGGACAACAAGUGAGGCCACGAUGCUGAAGACAUUCCCUGCUAUCAAUGCAACGGUUCAGGGAAUGUCCACCAUGUGGCUACUCAGCAAGCAGUCCACUGACUCUGUCUUUCUUGGCCAGUACCCAGUGGAGCAUUUUAGUGAGACGAUGCCCUGCAAGCUGAUGGAGGAUUUCCAAGGAGAGCUUCAAGUGUUAAGUGAGGCCAUCGCAGACAGAAACAAGAAUAUGGACGUCCCAUACACAUACCUGGAUCCAAAGGUGGUAGAAAAUAGUGUGGCCCUUUGAAUAUUAGAAGGUGUGACCUCCACAGAUGUUGGCCAAAUUCAACACUGCAUGUGAUCGUUGUAUGCUGAUUGAUUUAACUGAACUAAAAAUGUGCUGUUUAAAUCAUAAGCCACAUCUUAAAUUUGCUUUUUCAACACAAGAAUGAUUUCAUCUGUUAUUUUUUCUGGGACAACUCUACAGCAUAUGUGUUGUGUUGUAGCCAUUUGUUUCCGGACCAAGAAUGACACGAAGCUCACUCUAGUGAAACACAUUUAAUUACCUGUAAAUAUAUGAAAAUACAUCAGGUCAGGUCAGAAGCGCUCUCUGUUCUGAUGACACUUCGCUCAUCAUGUACUGACGGCUUUCUUCCGCUGUACUUACGUUAGCUACUCUAUAACAAAUAUAACUCAGAGCAAACGUUUAAGGACGCUGCUGUUUUGAUUUCCGGUAUUUUGCUUACUGGUGUUUUGCCUACCGGCGUGUUCCCUCCGGCUGUGUUGGACUAACGGCUUUGGCCUACUGGGUUUCGUCUACCCUUCUGACGGUCUGACGCUGCUAUUAUCAGCACUGCACUCCGGUUCUGUGCUGUUUGCCGUCAGCAGCACCCUUGUUUUAAUGAGAAAACCCUCUUUUUAGCUUGAGCCAUUCUACUAUGUGUAUUCUGACAAGGGAUGUUAAGGCCCACUCUGGCUUUUAGUUGAUAUAAAUUGGGUAACUGAUCAUCCCCCCUGGCUGAUCAGCUAACCGGAGUUAUUUUGGUUGUUUUGUCUUUUCUUAUUUUUUUCCUUUGUUUGAUUUUCCUUUCUGAGAACCAGAGCCUUUUGCAAUUGUGUUCCUUGUCCCUGUAGGAGCAGCCAAGCCAAGGUGGUGGGGUUGGUGCCUCCGGGUGUUGGUGUCUCCCUUCAUGUGCUGUGUGGUUUGGUGUGCCCCUGGUUAGGAACCCUCACGUGUGGUUGUGUGUGUGUGAGUGUUGUGUACACGUGUGAUCGGGGUGCCUCCUCUUUUGGGAUCCUCACCUGCACUGGUCCACCUCGCCAGUGGUAAGCCCCAGUCCUCCACCUCUUUUAAAUAAAUGUAUACGGCUCUUUUUAGUAUUUCGUGUUUGACCUUAUCUGUGAACUACUAUUGUGUAAUAAUAAAGAUUGUUUUUGUAUUGGAA